AUGGGUGACAUUGACAAGGGAAAGAAGGCUUUUGUCCAGAAGUGUGCCCAGUGUCAUACUGUUGAAAAUGGAGGAAAGCACAAGGUCGGGCCAAACCUCUGGGGUCUGUUUGGACGCAAGACUGGACAGGCUGAAGGCUUUUCCUACACUGAUGCCAACAAAGCCAAAGGUAUGUGUGAGAUUGUCACCAUUCUACAGGAAAUAAAUAGACUGACAAUGUGACACAUUUUUUAUUCUCAUCCUAACUUGUCCCUUCACGUGAUAUUCAGGCAUUGUCUGGGACACUGAUACCCUCAUGACGUACUUGGAGAACCCAAAGAAAUACAUUCCAGGAACAAAGAUGAUCUUCGCAGGCAUCAAGAAGAAGGGCGAGCGUGCAGAUCUCAUAGCAUAUUUGAAGUCUGCAACUUCGUAG